AUGACGGACCUUGUGACGAUUCCACAGUGGCUUCAAGCCCAGGAAGCUGCAUCCACGCCAACGCACCUCCUCUCCCUCCUUUCAAAAAUCCAGAAGACUUCUUCAAACGCCUGGAUCUCACUCGCAACGCCCUGCCAGCUGACAGCCGAGUGGAACCGCAUCACUGCCCUAAAAAAUGAAGGGCACACCCUCCCCCUCUACGGCGUCCCCUUUGCCGUAAAAGACAAUAUUGACGCCGCCGGUUUCCGCACAACAGCCGCAUGCCCUGCAUUCGCCGACGCCAAAGGUUCAGAACCUGAAUUCACAGACUCAACCGUGGUGGCACGCUUGAAGGCGCAGGGUGCCAUUGUCCUCGGCAAGACGAAUCUAGAUCAAUUCGCGACAGGGCUCGUCGGAACACGUUCUCCAUAUGGCGCUGUGGGCAACUCAAUCAAUCCAGAAUAUGUUAGCGGCGGGAGUAGCUCGGGGAGCGGUGCUGUUGUUGGGUUGGGACUUGUGCCGUUUUCCCUAGGAACGGACACGGCUGGUUCGGGGCGGGUGCCCGCCGGAUUGAAUAAUGUGCUUGGACUGAAACCGACGCGGGGGGCGUUAAGCACGACUGGAGUGCUGCCUGCUUGUAGGACACUUGACUGCGUCUCUAUCUUUGCACAGACGGUUGAGGAUGCGGAGUUGGUCCUGCGCGUGGCAGAAGGGUUCAAUUCUGAGGAUGCAUACUCUAGGGCUCGCGGUGAUGGAGUGGGGUGCGUACCGCGUGGGAUCGUAGUUGGACAGCCAUCGCUUGCUAUUUGCAAGAAUCCCGAGUGGUUUGGUCAUACCGAACAUGCUGCGGCGUACGACGUCGCGUUGAAGAAGGCCCAAAGGCUAGGAUGGCGCCUCGAGCCCGUCGAUUUCAGUCUACUCUUCGAACUCGCCAAUUUCUUGUACGAAGGGCCCUGGGUUGCAGAGCGCUAUGCUGCCAUCGACGAAUUCGUUAGUUCAGCCCCGGCCGAAGCAAUGGAUCCAACAGUUCGAAAGAUCAUCAUGAUGGCCAAGAACUUCAGCGCAGCUGACCUUUUCAAGCAACAAUAUCGCCGGCAGGAACUCAUCCGCAAAAUCACCUCCAUAUUUAGCCGAUUCGACGCCCUCCUCGUCCCUACCAGUCCUACAUUCCCAACAAUCGCAGACUUAGCCGAGGAACCGAUCAAAGAAAACAGCCGGCUAGGAACCUAUACCAACUUUGUCAACUUCAUGGAUUGGUCUGCCAUCGCUAUUCCUGCGGGCUGGAGAACAGACAAUCUCCCGUUUGGAAUCACCCUGAUUGCCGGCACAUGGGAAGAGCCGCGGCUCUUGGAGCUCAGUCGGAGGUGGUUAUCUGAAGCACCUCGUCGGCUAGGCGCAACCGACGUCGAAUACCACGAGCCCGCGACGCCUAGAUGCCCACUCGCCGCAAGCGACUCGAUGAAGCUUGCAGUAGUAGGGGCUCAUCUUUCAGGAUUCCCUCUCAACAAGGACUUAGUCACACGAGGUGCGACUCUUGCCGGAACAACGACAACAUCUCCAUGCUACCAGCUCUACAGACUGCAAUCGCAAUCAGCAGUGCUGAAGCCAGGUCUCAAAAGGGUCGCAACUGGUGGAUGCGCAAUUGAGGUGGAAGUCUGGGACCUGCCGCGCGCGAAAUUCGGCAGCUUUUUAGAAACAGUCAAGGCGCCAUUGGGUAUUGGGUCAAUCGAGCUGCAAGACGGGCAGUGGGUUCAUGGGUUCAUCUGCGAGCCCGACGGUCUUGAAGGCGCCACAGAGAUCACAUCUUAUGGUGGCUGGCGGGCGUAUACCCAGUCAUUGAGUGCUGCCAAACCGAAGGUCAACGCUACCGAGAAGAAAGUCAUCCGGAAAGUCUUGGUGGCCAAUCGAGGAGAAAUCGCCGCGCGUAUCAUUCGCACAUUGCAUGACAUGAAGAUACAGGCCAUAGCCAUAUACUCCACUGCUGACGCCCACACCCCACAUGUAUCAACAGCCGAUGUUGCCCUCCCACUUGUCGGAAACACAGUGGCCGACACCUAUUUGAACGCCCGUCAGAUCCUAGAUCUGGCUUGUCAAGCUGAAGCCGACGCAGUGAUCCCGGGGUACGGGUUUUUAGCCGAAAAUGCUGACUUCGCGGCCGCCGUCGAAGCAGCAGGUAUCAUCUGGAUUGGACCUACAUCUGACCAGAUGCGCGAGCUGGGGCUCAAGCACCGCGCACGCGAGAUCGCCAUCGCGGCGGGCGUCCCUGUUGUCCCCGGUUCAAAAGGGUUGGUGGCUAGUCUGGAGACGGCUCUAGAGGAAGCAGAGAAAAUCGGAUAUCCGGUCAUGGUGAAAAGCACCGCAGGUGGCGGCGGAAUCGGCCUGUACCGGUGCAACAAUGCGAAUGAGCUUCAGGAAGCUUUCGACGGUGUACGGAGGCUAGGGCAAGCAAAUUUCGGCGACGAUGGUGUCUUUAUCGAGCACUUCAUUGAGCACGCCAGGCAUAUCGAGGUGCAGGUUCUUGGCGAUGGCAGCGGCCGCGUCGUCUGCGCAGGAGAGCGUGACUGUUCAAUGCAGCGGCGGAAUCAGAAGGUGAUCGAGGAGACACCAGCUGCAUUUGUGCCAUUGAAGGCACGGCAGGCGAUGCGCGAUGCUGCCGUCGCCCUGACAGCGUCAGUGCGAUACCGCAAUGUCGGAACUGUGGAAUUCAUCUUCGACAUCGACAGCGAGCAAGCUUAUUUCCUGGAGAUGAACACCCGUUUGCAGGUCGAACACCCGGUCACGGAGGCAGGAACGGGUCUCGAUUUGGUGCAGUGCAUGGUCAAUAUAGCCAUGCAGGACUGCUCUGGUCUUUUCGCGGAACAACGCAAUGAGAGGACGAUCAACGGCGCCGCAAUCGAAGUACGUGUCUAUGCCGAAAGUCCUCUGCAAGAGUUCCGUCCAUCUUCUGGAAAACUCACCGCCGUUGAGUUUCCGAUCGAUGUCCGAGUCGACACCUGGGUAAAGGCUGGGCAAGAGCUAUCAUCGUCUUACGACCCGAUGCUAGCAAAACUGAUCGUUCAUGCUGCCGACCGUCGUUCAGCAGCGCGAAAGAUGUCAGAUGCACUGUCGAAAACGAUUAUAACCGGUGUUGAGACGAAUCUCGAGUACUUAAAGCAGAUUGUUGAUUCGGAGGCCUUCCUCUCAGGCAACUUCACCACCAAGUCCUUGGACACUUUUCCUUACACGGCUGAUGUCGUUGAAAUCGUCGAUCCAGGAUCUCAGAUUGCCGUGCAGGACUUCCCUGGUCGAAGGGGCUACUGGCACAUCGGCGUGCCACCCUCAGGACCAAUGGACAACUAUUCCUUUCAACUCGCCAAUCGCCUGAUCAACAACGAUGCCCACGCUGCAGGCCUUGAAUGCUCCGUCCAAGGCCCUACGCUGCUGUUCCAUUGCUCUACCGUGAUUGCGGUCGUCGGAGCAGAAGCACCAGUGUAUGUCGAUGGGGAAGAAGUCAAAAUGGGCCAGCCAAUUCUCAUCCGUGCCGGUCAACGUUUGGCUAUCGGUACCGUCAUAAACGGUGCGCGAACAUACGUCGCUGUCAAGGGAGGAAUCCAGACACCGCUUGUCAUGGGCAGCCGUUCGACCUUUGUGACCGGGCAUCUGGGUGGUCACAACGGCCGCAAUCUCCGCAUCGGUGACCUGCUGCCUUUGAUCCCUGUCAACCAAUCUGACAAUGUCGACAUGGCCGCUCGAGCUCCAUCGCUUCCACUGCCUAGCAGUGCAGCGAGAGAGUGGAUUGUCAGUGUACUGCCAGGCCCACACGGAAGUCCUGCCCACUUCACCGAGGCCGGUUUGUUGAAACUGUUCACCGGAGAAUGGACUGUCCAUUACAACAGCAACCGCAUUGGAGUCCGCCUAAGCGGCCCGCGGGCUGAGUGGGCGCGGGAAACAGGGGGAGAUGCCGGAUUGCAUCCCUCCAAUAUCCAUGAUAGCCCAUAUCCCGUCGGUGGAAUCAGCUUUACCGGGGAUGAAGCCGUGGUUUUGACUGCGGAUGGACCGAGCUUGGGCGGGUUCGUCGUAUUCGCCACAGUUGUCGAGGCAGAGUUAUGGAAGUUUGGACAAAUGCUACCGGGAGACCGUCUCUACCUGCGUCCAAUUUCGCUUGAAACGGCGCAGGCGUUGUCUCAGGAAUGGAAACAGUCAAUUGACACAUUGACACAGUUGCCUCUAGAUUUUGGACGCAACAACAAGCCUUCUUGGGUGGAAAACCCGGUUUUGAGAGAAAUCCGAGAGGCCGGCCGCCGUAUUGUAUGCCGUCAAGCUGGUGACAGAGCUCUGCUACUUGACUUUGGCCACGAGGAUAAUUUCAACCUGCGUCAAACGUUCCACAUCCUCAGCUUCAUCGAGCAGCACCGCAUUGCACCGAUCCCCAAUGUCCAGGAACUCACACCGGGCGUUCGGAGUAUUCAUGUCCAGCUGGAAGCGAGCUUUUCUUUGUCCCAUGUGCUCGACUCGCUGGUAUCCCACGAAGUGUCCCUCGGACUUCAGCUUCGCUCACGGCUGCCAUCUCGAGUCGUGCAGAUGCCCUUGGCUUUCGACGAUGAGAAGAGCCGAAAAGCCAUUACUCGGUAUACUUCAACCAUCCGUUCAUCCGCACCAUACCUUCCGAGCAAUGUCGAGUUCUUGCAGCGCCUCAAUGGCCUCGCAUCGCCGGAGCAGGUCGGAGAGAACCUCCACACAGCAACGUUCCUCGUCCUAGGAUUGGGUGAUGUUUAUCAGGGUUCACCGUGUGCGGUGCCUCUAGACCCGCGACACCGACUUCUCGGAACCAAAUACAAUCCAUCGCGGUCCUUCACACCCCGUGGAGCGGUCGGCGUUGCGGGCCAGUAUCUUUGCAUCUAUGCCACAGAUUCGCCGGGCGGAUACCAACUUGUCGGCCGUACAGUGCCCAUUUGGAAUGAGUACCGCGAGCGGGAGCGCAGCAGUAAGCUCAAUUCGCAGAACCCGUGGUUAUUUUCGCUCCUGGAUCAAAUCACAUUCUACCCUGUUGCGGAAAAGAUCCUCGAUGCAGCAGAAGAGCAAGGAACCGUGAGCGAACUGGUCAAAAUCACCCACACCGAGCUAGAUCUUGAGCAGUACGAGCAAUGGCUGAGCGACAACGGUGAGAGCAUUGCUGCAGUCCGAACAGAGCGAGCCGAAGCGGUGCGCAAGGCUGAGUUCUUUGAAGAGUUGCUGAAGCCGUAUCAGCCGACCAACGCGACUUCUGAGGCUCGAGGAGGAUUCCAUGAUACAACUGGCGAAAGAGUCAAGGCCCCGUUCCCUGGGAGAUGCUUCAGAUGUGCCGUGGAAGAAGGAGACCAGGUUGAGGCCGGUGACACAUUGAUCUGGAUCGAAUCCAACAAGAUGGAGGUGAAGAUCAGCACGCCAGUCAGUGGUAAAUGUGUGAAGUUAUUGGUUGCCGAGGGUGAUGUCGUCGGUCCAGCUGAUGAUGUGGCUAUCAUCCGACAAUAA